CCGAAAAAUCCGAAAAUUUAAAAGAAAUUGAAUUCUUUCAAAAUCUUUUAUCUCAGAGAUUUCAGUCUCCUAAUACGAAUUAAUUUCUACUUUUGUUUUUGUCUAUAAACAACGUGUGGGUUUUCCACCCCCUUUAUUGUUUACCAUGUAACAGCGGCGGUGGCAGCGGCUUUAAUUUAUCAUGGUAUUGCAAUUUCAAAUUGAUGGCAAUGUGAAUCCAUCAAAAGGCAAUAUGGAUCCGUCAAAAUUUAAGCGACGAAGAGUCUCUGCUGUUCGGGACUAUCCUAUACAGGCUCACGUCCACCCAUGCAGUUGCUUUCCUGUUUCAAGAAAGUACCCACCUUCAAAAUUUCGGAAAGGGGUUUCUGUCAAGCGGGAUUUUCCUGUAAAGCUGGAUGCUCCUGCUGCUUUGAGAAACUCCCUGUCAUCUAAUGCUUCUAUUGCUACUAAUGGUCGUGAUAUUCAUGCUUGCACUAAUGAUGUUAAGGAAUCCAACUUGUCAAUGGUUGUUUGGGAAGAGCGAAGUGAAUUGGAUGCUUCUAUUGCAAUUAAUAUUCAUCUGUGCACGGAUAUUGGGGAUGACAAGCCAUCUAGUGUUCCUAAUAUUGCUAACUCACAUGAUGGUUAUGAAUGCUUAAAAUCUAUCAAAGAAGGUUUUGAAGAAUCCUACUCUUCAAUGAACAUUAAGGGUGAGCAAUGUGCAGUUGAUAUCCCUUUUGCAAAUAACAUUUAUGCUUGCAUAGAAUCUAAGCAAGAAGGUGUUGAACGGGCCAAUGUGUUAAUGAACAUCGGGGAUGAUCCGUGUGAAGCUGUUGUAACCAGUUUUGAUGACUAUCAAUUAGCUCUGAAGGAUGAAAAGAGUAAGAAUCUUGUGUCUCUUACCAAAGAAGUGAGCUCAUUAAUGCUUUCAGAUGAGCGAUAUUCGGAUUCCCUGUUUGGUGUAGAUAUUUUCCAGGCAGCCUUUAAUGAUGAUGAAGAUUAUGUGAAAGAGCAUGAUUCCCAAGCAGCCUUUAGUGAUGAUGUAGUUAGUGUCAAAACCACUUUGGCAGAGGAAGCGAGGUCAUUAAUGGUUUCAGAUGAGCGAUGUUCGGAUUCCCAGGUAGCCUUUAAUGAUGAUGAAGAUUGUGUGAAAGAGCAUGAUUCCCUAGCAGCCUUUAGUGAUGGUGAAGAGAGUGUCAAAACUACUUUGGCAGAGGAGAAAAAUUCUCAAGUUGACCUUAGCAAUUACGAGGUGUUCUCUAACAAUGAGUUGAUAAAUGAUUGUGACAAGGUUAAGCAGAUUAUUAAUCAUUUUAGACACGUUUACAACAAGCUCUUACAGGUUAAGUCCGGGAAACUUAGGAGUGGCCUUGCUGUUGAAGCUGCUAUAAUUCUUCAAAAUCAACAUAAGUGGAUCAAAAGAAAUAAGCAGUUUGGCUCUAUCUCAGGAGUUGAAAUAGGUGACUACUUUUUCUGGAGGGCUGAAUUGAAUAUAAUUGGCCUCCAUUGUCGAAAUGUUCAUGGCAUAGAUUUUAUGAAAAUGGAUGGAAAAAAUCUAGCCAUAAGUGUUGUGGACUCCGGGCGAUACGACAAUGUUUUUGAGUCAAACAAUGAAGAGUUUCCAGAUACCUUAGUUUAUUUAGGGGAAGGUUCAAAUCCAAAGGUUCAAAGUAAGAAAUCUAUUGAGGAUCAAAAGCUUAAAGGUGGUAAUCUUGCUUUGAAGAAUAGUGUAGAAGCAAAAAAUCCUGUAAGGGUUAUUCGUAAGAUUUUCUUUAAACGUGGGAAGGUAGAAAAGCGCAAAUAUAUUUAUGAUGGGUUGUACUUUGUUGAUAGUUAUCGACAAGAAAUAGCAUCAUCUGGCAAGCUUGUUUUUAAGUUUUUUCUGAAGAGAUUUCCUAGCCAACCAAAACUUGAUUGGAGAAAAUUGGUUAGGGAACUUGAUUGUAUGAGUUAUAAUUCUGAAGGCAAAGAGAGGUCACCUAUUUGUGUAGUGAAUGCUUUGGAUGAUGAGAAGCCCCUAAUCACCGAUGAUAUUUCUCAAGGUAAAGAGAGGAUACCUAUUCGUGCAAUAAAUGCUUUGGAUGAUGAGAAGCUUCCGAUAUUUAAUUAUGUCACCAGUGUGACAUAUCCAGAGUCCUAUUGUCCUUCAAUGAUUAAUGAUGGUUGUGAUUGUAUUGAUGGAUGCUCAGACUCUGAGGAUUGCCCUUGCAUUGUCAAGAACGGAGGAUCAACCUAUGAUUAUGAAGAACGCCUUUUUGAGGCAAAGCCCCUUAUUGUUGAGUGUGGACCUUCUUGUAAGUGCUUCACCUCUUGCCUUAAUAGAGUGAGUCAACGUGGAAUUCGACUUCCUUUAGAAGUUUUUAAGACUAAAGCAAAAGGAUGGGGUGUUAGAUCACGGUCUUUUAUUCGACGUGGAUGCUUUAUAUGUGAGUAUACAGGUGAAAUCCUACGAGACAAUGAAGGUGAACAAAGGAUAGGUAACGAUGAAUACUUGUUUGAUAUAGGAGUUACUUACGGUGAUCAUUCUUUGCGAGAUGCAAAUUCUCUCGGUUCAUUUGAGGGAAAUGAAUGUUUCACUAUUGAUGCUGCUCGAGUGGGUAAUGUGGGACGAUUCAUCAAUCAUAGUUGCUCUCCGAAUCUUUUUCCUCAAGGUGUUCUCUUUGAUCAUGAUAACAAAAGAAUGCCACAUAUUAUGUUAUUUGCUAUGGAAGAUAUACCACCAUUGAAUGAGUUAACAUAUGACUAUAAUUAUGAAAAAGGUGGAGUUUGUGAUGCAAAUGGUAAUAUCAAGAUCAAGCAUUGUUAUUGUGAUUCUAGUGAUUGCCUCGGGAGAAUGUACUAGGUAAGAUGUAUUCUUCAUUCGUGAAUUAGACCUCAUCAUGCAUGGGUUGGGAAACAUUUAUUUUGAAAUUUUAGUCGAUUUGUUGUGAUGUGUUUUUAAAA